UAAUCUUAUUGAAAGCAACAUGGCAGAACCCGCUCCAGCUCCCGCCGCUCCAGCCAAGUCCCCGAAGAAGAAAGCCACCAAGCCGAAGAAGGCGGGCCCUAGUGCCGCUGACCUCGUGCUGAAAGCUGUCACCGACUCCAAGGACCGCAAAGGGAUUUCCUACUUCGUGGUGAAGAAGGAGCUGGCCGCUAAAGGCAUCGAUAACGCCAACCAGGUGAAACGCGCCGUGAAAAAGUUAGUGGAGAGUGGAGCCCUGGUGCAGGUCAAGGGAACCGGAGCCAGCGGCUCCUUCAAGGCAGCCAAGGCGGCCGAGAAGCCCAAGAAGGUAGCGAAGAAGCCCGCAGCCAAAGCCAAGAAGCCGGCAGCGGCAGCAGCCAAGAAAACCGCCGUCAAGAAACCAGCAGCUAAGAAGGCGAAGGCAGCAACACCCAAGAAGGCGGCGAAGAAGCCCGCUGCUGCAGUCAAGAAAACCCCCGUGAAGAAGGCCACAAAGAGCCCCAAGAAGAAGCUGGUCAAGAAGGCAGCGACCCCCAAGAAGGCAGUCACCCCCAAGAAGGCGGUGAAAAAGGUGGUUAAAGCCAAAGCUGCCAAACCAGCGAAGAAGGCUGCAGUCAAGAAACCAGCCAAGAAGUAAACCCAUCCUCUACUUCACCUACAAAAGGCUCUUUUAAGAGCCACCCACAUCCUCCAGAGAGCUUUACUCCUUUUUAUAUUACAAUAUUUAUACAUACAACUCUGAUUUAGUGUCUAGGGCUUCACAUAACUACAUGAAACAACCAACACUGCCCCAUGUAUCUAAUGUGAUAAAUAUGUGAGUUUCAUUUUCAUCACAUGAGAUACAGAAACAUAAGCAAAGUCAUAAUCACAUAUCUGAAUGCAGCACUAAAGAAAACGUUUCGAUCCAAUAUAUAUUAUACUUCAAAUAAAUCUCCAUUUGCAUAGAAACCAGUUAUAAUGGUUAUAAUACAUAUUGAAUUAGACCAUGGUGUUUUUAUACUGGAUAACUAGUGUUAAGUAACACAUUCCUCAUAAACAUGAUCAUUUUAAAUAAUGUGUAAAUACUUUGUUAGUAAAUAGUUACAUCGAGUAUGGUCAGUAGAAAAUGAGUCCCAGCAAUAUCAAUGUUUUUAUUGUAGAGUAUUAUUUAUUCAUUCAAUAAAAUGAAUGAAGAAUAUCGUAUCUGAAUCUGUUUUUGGUA